UUACAGCAAUACAAAUAUAGAGAUCUCACAGUCCGUGAUAUUACAAAUGUCAUCUCUCAGUACAAAGACCUCAAACCUGUCAUGGAUGCUUAUGUUUUUAAUGACGGCUCAUCCAGAGACCUCAUGAGUCUUACUGGGACUGUACCAGUUAGUUAUAGAGGGAAUGUGUACAAUAUUCCCAUCUGCCUCUGGCUGUUGGACACGUAUCCCUACAAUCCCCCUAUUUGUUUUGUGAAGCCCACCAGCGCCAUGAUGAUCAAGACUGGCAAACACAUUGACGCCAACGGCAAGAUCUACCUGCCCUAUCUGCACGAGUGGAAACACCCUCAGUCAGAUCUGUACGGCCUCAUCCAGGUGAUGAUUGUGGUGUUCGGUGAGGAACCACCUGUGUUCGCCAGACCCACUACACAACCUCCGUAUCAAGCCUUCCAGGCCACUGGACCUCCAAACCAGUCAUAUAUGCCAGGAAUGCCAGCAGCGACUCCCUACGGGCCCAAUCCAAACCCAUGUGGUUAUCAGGGUUACCCGGGUUAUCCAGGAGGGAACGCUUAUCCUGCCGCAGGAGGUCCAGCACACUACACAUCCCAGACUCCUGUUACUACCGUGGGCCAAAGUCGUGAUGGUACCAUCGGUGAGGACACCAUCAGAGCUUCACUCAUCUCAGCCGUGAGCGAUAAACUGCGCUGGAGAAUGAAGGAGGAGAUGGACAGAGCACAGGCCGAACUGGACGCUCUGAAGAGAACAGAGGAAGACCUGAAGAAAGGACACCAGAAGCUGGAGGACAUGGUGUCCCGUCUGGACCAGGAAGUGGCUGAGGUGGACCGAAACAUCGAGCUCCUCAAGAAGAAGGACGAGGAACUCAGUGAAGCUCUGGAAAAAAUGGAGAACCAAUCAGAAAACAACGACAUCGAUGAUGUCAUCAUACCGACGGCUCCACUGUACAAACAGAUUCUGAACCUGUAUGCCGAGGAGAACGCCAUUGAAGACACCAUCUUUUACUUGGGAGAAGCCCUGCGGAGAGGAGUCAUCGACCUGGAGGUCUUCCUCAAGCAUGUGCGACUGCUGUCCCGAAAACAGUUCCAGCUGCGAGCGCUCAUGCAGAAAGCACGCAAGACCGCCGGACUCAGUGACCUUUACUGACCCAGCUCCCGUCACACGAGCCACGCUCCUCUUUUGUGUGCCGUUUCAGCGGGAGUUCAAUAAUUCAUGUUGUUUUUACUGCUGCGAGAUGCUGUCUGCCUGAUUUUAUUUACUGGAUUGGAAAAUCAGCAUUUGUAAAAAUGUCAUUUAGGUACACAAGAGCUAGAAGUUACGAAUUCGACCCGAGCAUUAAAGGAAAGUUGAUGUCGUAUGGGUGACUAUCAUCCCCGAUUUCUCCUUGUACAAGAGCGUUUUUCCCAAUUUCCUAAAAGAUUUCUCUUAAUAUUCCACUGUACACAUCAGGUUUCUAUUAUUUGAGAUUCUCCAGGCAGAUGUUUGAGUCUUUGGCUUUAGAUACGGCUGUUAUUAACAGUCCAGCGUAACAAGUCUUAUGUCAUUAAUUGAACAUUUCAAAAUGUGAAGGAAUCACAGAAUAUAUGAGAAAAUGUCUUUCUCGUGGAUCAGAUUUUUCAGCUUUCAUAACUGAUAUUAACUAUUACUUGUGGUUCUCCAUUUCAGUUCUUUAAGAUUAUAAUAAUAAUUAAUAUUUAUGUUUUCUCAUCCGGGAACUAUUUUCUGUUCCAAAUUCAUUAUAAUGUUUGAACUGUAAAUCAUUUAGCUGUAUACAAAGUUUGUGACGGUUCAUUUUCACUUUGAAAAUCGAAACGCUACAAACUAUCGCCCUGCACGCUUCACCUUUAGAUUAUACAUUCUAUCCAAAGUGAUGCAAAAAAAUGAUAGAAGUCCCUGAAACAGUCUUGUUUUUUGCAUUUCAGUUUAACAUUUUAGUGUACUUUUGGGAUGUUUGAUUUUUAAGACCUGAGUAAAAAGACAUUGCACCGUAAUAUGCCAAUAUUUGGAGAGUUUGGUUCCAAAAUGAGAGAACUCGGUUUUUAAGAUUUUUCAGAAAUCAGGUUUUUUUAUUGUGCAUUCCAUAUUACAUCAGUCAAACUGCAGUUGGUUUGUUUUGAUUUAAGCUACAAUAACUAAAAAAAAAAAAAAAAGAUUUUUAGUUAUCUCAUUUUGGAACCUAAAUCUUCAAUUGUUCUUAUUUGUUUCAGUCUGUAGGUUUUAUGUCACGCUGAUCAAUAAACAAGAUCUUUACAUGAUUGUUAAUACGUAAACAGCACGGCAUUGUUGAAAGAGACCUUUCACUGACCUGUUUUGGAUGUUAUUUACCUAGCUAAUCUCAAUAACAACUAGAAACCUUUGGUCUGUUUCAUUCGACACAGUCCACGAAGCUAGUUUCAAUGCCAUCGGUCAUCAGAUGUUGAUGUUAUUUCUAUUGAUUAUAAAAUAAAACAAAACGCUGGUUUUGUAGUUUGUUUA